AUGGCUGAUCGGGUGCUUGUGAUUGGCAGUGGAGGCAGAGAGCAUGCGCUGGCCUGGAAGUUGGCCCAGUCUCCACAUGUAAAACAUGUGUUUGUUGCUCCAGGAAAUGCAGGAACAGCUGACAGUGGAAAAAUUUCAAAUUCAGCUGUAUUGGUGAGCAAUCACACUAUUGUUACUCAGUUCUGCAAAGAUCAUAACAUUGGACUUGUGUUAGUUGGAGAAGAAGCUCUUCUGGCAGCUGGGAUUGUUGAUGACUUGAGAGCAGCAGGAGUUCGAUGUUUUGGUCCAUCUGCAAAAGCAGCCCAGCUGGCAUCCAACACCACUUUUGCCAAAACCUUUCUGGAUCGACAUAGGAUCCCAACAGCAAGAUGGAAAGCCUUCAACAAUCCUCAGGAAGCUUGUAGGUUUAUUAUCAGCACAGACUUUCCUGCACGAGUAGUACGGGCAAGGGGUCCUGCUGCUAGAAAAGAAGUGACUAUUACAGCCAGCAAAGAGGAAGCCUGCAGAGCUGUCCAAGAGAUUAUGCAGGACAGACUGUUUGGAGAGAUGGUUGUUGUUGAAGAACUUCUUCAAGGGGAAGAACUUUCUUGCUUGUGCUUCACGGAUGGUGUCACUGUUGCUUCAAUGCCCCCAGCCCAGGCUCACAAACGAUUACUGGAUGGCGAUCAGGGUCCAAACACUGGAGGGAUGGGAGCUUAUUGCCCAGUUCCUCAGGUUCCAGAAGUUCUUCUGCAGAAAAUCAAUGACGCUAUCCUUCAACACGUUGUUGAUAGUAUGAGACAAGAAGGAACAGCAUAUGUAGGUGUGCUGCAAACAGGUUUAAUGCUUACCAAAGAUGGUUUGAAAAUUUUAAACUUUAAGUGUCAGUUUGGUGACCCUCAGUGCCAGGUAAUUCUCCCACUGCUUAAAAAUGAUUUUUAUGAAGUGAUUCAAGCAAUAAUUGAUGGCAAACUCUGCAGCUUCAUGCCAGCCUGGUCAGAAAAUAGUACAGCUGUGUGUGUGGUCAUGGCAAGUCCGGGAUACCCGGGAGACUAUGACAAAGGCAUGGAGGUAACAGGGCUGCUGCAAGCCAAAGAGUUAGGGCUGCAGGUGUUCCAUGCUGGCACAACGCUGAAGGAUGGCAGAGUGGUGACAAGUGGUGGCAGAGUCCUCUCCAUUACUGCUGUUAAGGAGGACCUGAUGAAAGCACUGGGAGAAGCCAACAGGGGCGUAACAGCCAUACGUUUUAAGGGUGCCACUUACAGGAAGGACAUUGGCCAUCGGGGUAUACAGCUUCUCAAGCAGUCUCUGGGUCUAAUAUACAAGGAGAGACAUAUGGAAGCUGUAACCAGUGAUGUUUUGUUUCAUCAGCUGGAAACAUCAGUUGUAAGUGGUACCAGAUCAGGCUGUCAUUCAGAAGUAGGAGGCAUUGCCGGUUUCUUUGACUUGAAAGCAUGUGGUUAUGAGGAUCCUAUCUUGGUAUCUCAAACCAAAGGCCUUGGACCUAAACUGCAGAUUGCACAAGUAUGUAAAAGACAUGACACCAUAGGUCAGGAUUUGGUUGCCAUGUGUGUCAAUGACAUCCUGGCUCAAGGAGCAGAGCCUCUCUUCUUCCUCAGUUAUCUUGCCUGUGGCAAACUUGAUGCUGAAGUGACUGAAACAAUCAAAGAAGGAAUAGCUGAAGGUUGCAGAAAUGCAGGAUGUGCUUUCCUGGGCAGGGAGAUAACUGAGGUGACUGGCAUGUAUUCUUCUGGAGAGUAUGACCUGGCUGGCUUUGUUGUUGGUGCAGUGGAGCGAGGGCAGAUGCUUCUGGGGCUACAAAGAGCUGAGGAGGAGGAUGUGCUUAUUGGUCUGGCCUCUUCUGGGAUUCACGGCCGUGGCUUUAGCAUCAUAAGGAAGAUUCUCUUAAUGUCCUCCUUACACUACUCCUCACCAGCACCCGGCAGUUGUGGUGACAAGACUCUAGGAGAUAUACUGCUGACCCCAGCAAAAAUGUACAGUCCAUCUUUGCUGCCUGUCCUUCGCUCAGGGCACGUGAAGGCUUUUGCCUUCAUUGCCGAGGAGGGGUUGCUGGAAGGCAUCUCCAGAAUUCUGCCAGAACAUGUCAGCGCUGUCCUAGAUGCUUUCAGCUGGAAGAUUCCGGAAAUCUUUUGCUGGCUUUACAGAGAGGGAAAUCUCUCUGUGGAGGAGAUGGCUCAGACAUUUAAUUGUGGGAUUGCUGCAGUGUUGGUUGUGCAGAAGGACCUGGCUCAGCAUGUGCUCAAGGACCUACAGCGACAUGAGGAAGCCUGGCUGAUUGGGAAAGUUGUUGCCCCUUGUGAUACAGGUUCUCACGUCGAAGUCGAGAAUCUUCUAGAAGCUCUGCAGCUGAGCAGCCCCCAGCAUCUGCUGAAUAAUGCUGUUGGUGAGAGUCAACACCAAUCCAGAAAGAACAAAGUUAAAGUAGCUGUUCUCAUCUCUGGAACAGGCACAAAUCUUGCUGCACUCAUCAGUUAUGCAAAAGAGCCAGGCAGUUGCGCUCAAGUUGUCCUUGUCAUCUCCAACAAGUCUGGUGUUGAAGAACUGCGAAAUGCAGCCCGUGCUGGAAUUCCCACCAGGGUGAUUGAUCAUAAGUUAUAUGGGAGUCGCUCUGAAUUUGACAGCACAAUUGACCAAGUUCUUGAAGAAUUUGCUGUUGAACUAGUAUGUCUCUCAGGAUUUAUGAGAAUUUUGUCCAGUCCUUUUCUCAGAAAAUGGAAAGGGAAAAUUUUGAAUGCUUCCCCAUCACUUUUCCCACCGAUAAAGAACAGAAAUGCCCAUCAGCAAGCUCUGCAAAGUGGACUGAAAGUCACGGGCUGCACCGUGCAUUUUGUCCUGGAGGAAUCUAGUCCGAAAGCAAUGAUCCACCAGGAGCCAGUAUCUGUGAAGGCAGAUGACACCGAGGAGAUGCUGUCAGAAAGGGUUAAAGAAGCUGAGUGUCGGGCUUUUCCCAUCGCCCUGCAGCUGGUGGCCAGUGGAGCAGUGCAGUUAGGAGCUGAUGGUAAAACCUACUGGAAACAAGAGAGCCAAGGUCUUUGUCUUCAAGAAGAGAAGAGAGACUGCACAUCCUCUCUUGUGGCUCCGGACCCUCAAGAAAACGACGUGGUGUAG